UCUGCUUUCACAACUAACUGCUGCAGUAGGAAGCAGACAAGCUGUAAGAAGCCCUGACAUUUUUCCAUAGGUGUAAAAAGAAGAGCUAACUCUAUGCUCUUGUCAUUCAGCCCAAUGUCUGGGAUUUGGUUUUGUUUCAUAGUUAAAGAAUAGUGUUUGUCUGGGAAAAUCACUGUGGAACUGGAUUCAGGAAGAGCCCUUGACUUAAUCGAUGUGGAGGCAAUUUCUCCUCUCAUUUAGGACACACAGCUAUAAUGCAGGCAAUUACCAAGCAAAGGAAACCUUACAAAAUGAAAAUGAGGAGGAUAUUAAGGAAGUUCAACAACUAUUCAAGCCCAUGGGAUCCGAGCGGAUGGAGAUGCGCAAACGGCAGAUGUCAGCGGCCCAGGAGACAACGAGCUCUGCUCAGGCACAGCACGGCGCUGGGAAUCGAGGGUCCAAUGCCUGUUGUUUCUGCUGGUGCUGUUGUUGCAGCUGCUCAUGCCUUACUGUUAGGAAUCGAGAUGAAGAGCAAGCCAGGAGAUCAUCGCAGGAACUCAGAGCAGAGGGAAUUCCAUACUGCGAGGAAUGCCCCACUCCAACACUUGAAGAAGUAAAUGCCUGGGCUCAAUCAUUUGACAAGUUAAUGCUCACUCCAGCAGGCAGAAAUGCUUUCCGAGAGUUUCUCCGAACUGAGUUCAGUGAAGAAAACAUGCUUUUCUGGAUGGCCUGUGAGGACCUAAAGAAAGAAUCCAACAAAAGUAUUAUUGAAGAAAAAGCAAGGCUAAUAUAUGAGGAUUAUAUUUCCAUUCUUUCUCCAAAAGAGGUCAGCCUGGAUUCCAGAGUAAGGGAAGUUAUCAACCGAAAUAUGCUGGAGCCAUCACAACAUACUUUUGAUGAUGCACAGCUCCAGAUUUACACCUUAAUGCACAGAGACUCCUACCCACGGUUUAUGAACUCUGCUAUUUAUAAGGACUUGCUUCGAUCCUUAUCUGAAAAAUCUGUAGAGGCAUAGGAUUUUUUUUUUUUAUUAAUGUAUUUAUUUAAAAAAAACAAACAAACACAAAAUGGAACUCUGGGCUAUACCAACGAACAGGGAAUUUAGAGUCAAUAGGAUUUACCUGAAAAUCUCUCAGGCAUAUUUUAAUAUGGACUGAAUGUUUUAACCUGCAGAGGGCUCUGACACCACAACACAAUUGCAGUUUCUGAUCCUUAGUGAAACUUUGCAAAGGGGAAUGCAAGGAAUUGUUACUGUUGAAAAAUAGUACUUCUUCACCAUAGCAGCAUGCAAUUCAAGCAAACUCUUAUAUGGGAAAACACCUUACAAUUACUACGUGAAAAGAAAAACACUGUUUUAAAAGUAAUGUAAACUAUGAUUUCUUCCUUCCUGAAGAGUCAAACUGACUGUCCUCCUUCCCCCCACACCAUGGACAAAGUAAAAAUAGUAUGUGCUGUUGCUAUUUUGGUUACUCUAGACUGAAAUGUCACAUUUCCAUAACUAUAGUACCUGGUCAUUGGCUAUGAAGUAGCAAUGGUACUCUCUACUUGUCUUAGGGUAUUUAAUACAUGUAAGCAGUACGCUCAUGGAAGUAAGUGUGACCCUCAAAUUUUAUGGAAGCUAGUGGUUGAAAUAAUGCUGCCUAUAAAAAUCUUUUGUUGAAAAGUGUUAUUUUACUACCUGAGUCAGCUGAAAACAUUUUAAAGUUCAUACCAUUAAUGUUUAUAAAAGUUAAUUUAGGAGGGAAGAGUCUGGGCAUUUACUAUCUUAAAUAAAGCACAACAAUUCUCAUGUGUUGUUCUCAUUACUGGAGAAGUAGGUGCAAGAAAUUGUAAUUAAUAUUUCAGUCCCAAGAGAUCUGUAGUAAUUGUCAUUUUGUGUUCACAAACAUUAAAUUUUCACAAAUUA